AUGGACGUUAACCUCAUACAAGUGCAACAGCACAUAGAGAGGUUGUACUCUACCAGGGACCCCGGCGAAAUCCAAUCACUUCAAAGCGUCCUUCUAAACUUACAAAGGCAAGAUGAUGGCCAUUUAGCGAAGUCGCUACUAGGAACAAACAGCAAGAACUGUCAGUAUUUUGGAGCUUUAACGUACACUGUCGUCAUAAAUAAUAUCAGAGAGUUUGAUGAAUCCCAUCUACAGCUGUUAAAAAACGACCUCAUAUCGUCUAUUGGCAACAAUACGUAUAAUUGGCUUGUGAUCAAGAAGCUAAUAUCCAACUACUGUCUAUUAUUCAUAUUCAACUAUAAGCAGUUCCAAGCAGAUCCCAUCAAUAGUUUGUUGGUCCAGUUGACCGUGGAGGAAUUGAUCAAAAAAGAACAGAUCAAUGAGCUUCAUGAGAUUAUGUUUAGCCAGUUGUUUCCUUAUGUCUACUCGACGUAUGAGCACUUGAACUCGUGUUUGAUAAGUUCCAUCCCAUAUUCUGUCCAUAUACUAGGGUUAGACUGUCUAAAUUCUUGGAUCGGCUACAUUUCAAUGUCAGAGACUCAAUCGAAGAUACGAUAUACCGACACGCCAGAACUCACUAGGUACGUGUUUAGCUUCUUGGAAGGCUUGCAAUUUGACAGCAGCGAAUCUCUUGAACUAAUCAACAAGUCGGUUUCUGCCAUCACAGAAAUAUUGGAAGUGAACCCAAACAUGUUGGACUUCAACAAGAAACUAUAUUUGAAGUCUUUAUUAUUUGAAGAAACUAAGUUUGGUGGUCGUUUUAUCAAUGAAAUAGUGUUGAAUGUCAAUGUUAAUGAGGAGUUCACUGAUGAAAUUAGCAACUUUGUGAACUUGUGCAUCAUAUUUCUCCAGAAUGGUUUGUUAAACAUGGCGAAACACUUGACUGAACCCACUAAUAGGUUUAUAUUAAACUUGUUGUUGAAGCUAACCAACUAUCCAGGAAUACCUAAGGUGGAAGAAAAUGUAAGUGACCAAUUUCUAUCCUUUUGGGAGGAGUUUUUCAAUGUAUUCAUCGAUGACGAAGAAGCCUUUGACUCCCUAUAUAAAGAUGAAAAUACAAAGUUGGAGUUUUACUCGACGAGGAAUGCCAUUUGUAACGAAGUUUGCAAGAUAUAUUGGGAAAAAAUCAAGCUUCCUGCUCCUGAACAGCUCCAACUAAAUAGGUCCGAUUUUUUCUACUUCAAGUCUACUGUGGGUGAUUUCUUUUCCAUUGUGUACUCACUCUUGAAGCUACUGUUUUAUAAGGAUUUAGUUGAACUAGCGGGGUCUAAAUUCAGUUCCAGUGAAUUGGACUUAAAUGGGUUGGAAUCUGCUCUCUUCAUCCUACACAAAGUUAAUGAUGAUUCCACCUUUUACGAAAGUCAGAGUAAUUUGCUCAUAAAUCCUAUAAACUCAUUAAUGGAAGCGGGACUACUUAAAAUCCUCCCCAGCUUGACUCCUGCUAUCCCCAAUUAUUUCAAUUUUGUUUCGACGUUCAUAAACUUUAUCUCAUCGAUUCAAUUUUAUUUGAAGACCGACCAUGGUCCUAAAUACUUGGGUGAUAUAUUAGAGUUUCUCUUCUCUAUUAUCAUCAACUCCAAAGACCCCAAAUUGUCUUUGACCUCAUCCAAGACAAUUCUUAACAUUUGCCAGGAAUGUGGUCCCCAUUUGGUAGUAUUUUUGCCAACCUUGAAGAAUUUGCUAAAUGAGAUGAUUCAAAAUGAUCAGAUUGAUAACUUGAUCAGAGCUCGGAUGGCCAAUUCAUAUAUCUCAAUUUCCCAUUCUGCUAAUUUGAAGCUGCCUCGUGAAUUCAGUCUGGUUUUAAUUGAGCUUUUGAGCGUCAUUGAAACAAGAGCUGGAAAUCUAAUGGCUAAUGUCUCUAUUUUAGAAGAACACGCUGAAGACUACUUGAUAUCAUUAUUAUCUUGUGUCACUGAGAUUGGGAAGUCAAGUGUUUUACCAGGAGAAGUAGAAGAUUUGUACACCCAAGAAGAAGCUAAUGCGGUGUCUGACUUUUGGAAAAAUGACACCACUGUCAAGCCGUUGAUAUUGAGCAUCAUAAGAAAGUACUCCAUUGAUUUUCAGCCUUUUCUGAACAAAUCAACUAUAACAGAAAUAUGCUGUCAAAUCUUUAAAACAGGAUUGAAUGAGCCAAUACAUAAUCCCUUCAAAUUUGACUUGCCAGUAAUCUUUGAAUAUUUGGCAUUGAAAAUCAGGCAUUGUGAUGCAAACUCAUUGUACCAUAUCUUCAAACUAAUAGAAACCAUCACUUUGACCAACUACAAAUUAUUGGAUGAACUUACAGUUAAUGACCUAUUGACUAAUGUGUUUAUACCCCAUUUCAAAGACCAUGAUAGCAACAGUGAUCCGGAUAUGUUGUCAAGCUCAACUGAUGUUUUUACUAGCAUGUUAGACAAGAAGCCAUCUUUGCUCCUUUAUUCCAAUGUUAAUCUUUUUGUUGAAGUUCUCCAUUAUAGCGUGAACCUUUUCAAGUCAAAUGAAGUAAGCAUAAUAAAGUCAUUACUGAAAUUUUGGACUGCAGUAAUACUCUUGAAAAGAGGCAGCCAACAAGAUCAAGAGUUGGUUCAGAAUAUAUUUCAGCAGAGCUUAGGUAGAUUGUUGCUUCAAGAGUUACUCAGCUCUUUUUUGAAUAACUCCCGGUCUUCUUUAGAAUGCUACUAUUUGGUCUUUCGAUCUCUCAUCUCCAAAUACCAACUAUUCGUUAAGAAUUGGUUAAUGGAAAUAUUACCAAAUAUGAAUUGGAAACACGUUAAUGACCAUGACAAGAAGUUGUUUAUUGACAAGCUCCUUUUGACUAGAGGACAAAGGCUGGCGAACGAGGUUUUAAAAAAAUUCUGGUUACAAGUUAAUGGACUUGUAGAGUUUAAUUCUAAAAACUACUAGGUUUCCCAUUCGAAAACAUUAUCAUUCAUCAAGUAAACAUAUAAACAAAAUGAACCAACAAAUAAUACAAUUUUUUUCGUUUUGACUCUUUUCCUCUCACAUUCACAAAACGGCCUCCAACUCCUUGACCAAGAAAUCACAUUCAGCAGCAAAGUCUAUAUCGUAAACAGCCAUUGUUUGGUAUCUGAUUCUAGAUUCACCGUUGUAGCUGUCUUGCCUGGCCUUCAAUCUGAAACUAAAUUCUUUCAUAGUAACUGCCUCAACAACUUUCUUGAAUUCCGCCUCGUUCAGUUCCUUCAACACUAGCAAUUCGUUGGCACUAACGCCAAAGAUUUUGCUGGCCUCCUGAUCAAACAAAGUGGCCCAUAACUGUUCAGUAGCAUCCAUUAUUGAACAGUUCAAAAUAUAUCUGUAGGUAGCUUCACUAUAAUUAAUAUCACACUUUUCACACCUCCAAGUACCAUCACCUUGGUCAAUAAUCUUUCUGUUACAAAGGUUAUUGCUCGCCUCUUGUUUGUUAACACAGGCGGGAUAACAGAAAGUUUCAGUCUUGAAAAAAUUAAUAGUUGCUUUAACACUGAAAAAAUCAGGCUGUUCUUGAGCACCAAGGUUCUCUUCUUUCACCUGAGCAAUGGUCUUUCUGUUCUUUAUAUAGUUAGCGGAGCCAGCGUUGUCUGCCUUCAAAGUUUGGAAAGUUUCAUUCGACCCUUGGUUAUCGUACCAACCCUUCAAUUGAUAGGCUUCGGGUGCGUCUGGGUUUGGUAAGAUUGAUCCAGUUUGAGUCAAAGUCAAACUUCUACCUCCAAAAUCUUGGAUCUUACAGCCUUUAAAAGCAAUGACUGUGCCUUCACUCAAGUUAAAGUCAAUUGCAGUGGCAUUCCAUAAUCCGACGGUGAUAGAGAAGUUUGAGUCAUCGACGAUAUCGAUGUCUCUUCUAUCGAAUGGCUUUCCAGUGCUUUUGGAAGUGAUUUGAAACGCAGGCUUCACCUCUCUCAAGACACCAACAACAUCAAUUACCGUGUUUGGUUCGGCACUUUGAAUCUGGUUCAACUUAGUGAAGUUAAAUUUCAAUUUUGGCACAUUACCAUUGUUAGAGAAACAUUCUUCGACAAUAGUGUCUCUAUCCAAAGACAAUUCGUAUGGGUGACUCAAUCUGGAGAAUUGAGGUUUGGCCGCUUGAAUCCUAGCCUUGCUAAUGUAAUAAACUUUACCUUCUUGUAAAGUUUCGUACAUCUUUUCAGCAAGUUCGUUGAACGCAGUGGCUCUGAUUUCAUCUGAGUCAUCCAAAAAGUUGACAUUGAACAACUUUCCAGAACCCUUCGCGUUGUGCCAGGUUCUAAGAUCACCCUUGAAUGAAACUCUUGCCUUUAUGACCCAAUUGUUCUGGUAAGGUGACAACAGUUCAAUUGAGCUAAUUCUUUGACCCUGAAAUUCAUCAGCAGCUGAGCUUUGCUUGGAAGGGGCAGCGGCCGGUUGAGGUUGUUCCUUCUUGCUCUUGAAGAAGUUUUCUUGAGGGUUUUGAUUGAAAUAUUCAGCAAUCUUGAUGGUGUCAUGAGCUUCACUUUCAUACUUAGGCAAAACCACUUCAGCGUCAUCGAUCAAAGUGUAGAAUUUUUCUGGUUCAAAGCAUGAGUGGGCCAAGAUCUUUAUGACCGAAGUCUUCUGGAAGCCCUGUCCCUCUAAUUUGUCGACAAGAGACUUAUCUAACAACCCGUGCAUGUUAUACUUGCCAUCAUACAAAAUGACCCUAGAUUUUCCCUCAUAGUGUCUCAAGUUAAUCACCUGGACAAUAAAAGGCGUUUUAAGGUACUUUUCUCUUUCUUUGACUGAGUAGAUCUUGGGCAACACGCCAAAGUCAACUACCGAUUCAAUAGUCAUUAUAUUUCAAAAAAAGAAGCUAUUAAUUAUGGUUGAUUUAAUACGC